CUUUUUUAAUGCCUCCUAAAGUUGACCCAAACGAAGUCAGAUUGAUCAAUAUUAAAGUCUUCGGAGGAGAAGGUGGUCCAGCAUCAACCCUUGCUCCAAAGUUGGGACCUCUCGGUCUUGUAAUUAUAAUUGCAUAAUAUAAAAACAGAAUCCUAAAUAAGUUGGUGAUAAAAUUAUUGCAGAAAGUGGAAAAUGGAAGGGUAUCAGAGUUAUGGUCAACUUGAGAUGCCAGAACAGAAAUGCAGAUGUCACAGUCAUCCCUACAUCAAGUGCAUUAUUAAUCAAAGAAAUUGGAGUAUAAAAUAUUCACAAAUUAAUUUAUUAAGGGUUAUGAAAGAGACAGAAAGAAAACCAAGAAUGUUAAACACAAUGGAAAUUUGACACUCGAAUAAGUCAUCAAAGUGGCCAGAGCUGUAGAAGAGAAGUCUCUUGCCAAGACCUUCACAGGAACAGUCAAAUAAGUGUUGGGCACUGCAUAAUCUCUUGGUGCUACAGUUGAUGGACAACCAGUCAAAGCAAUAAUUGGAAAGAUUAAUUCUGGUGAACUUAAAGUUGAAAAAUGAUAGUGAAUAUUAAUUAUUUCAUAUUAUACACAAAAUAAUAAUAUCAUCAGUUAAAAAAAAAU